AUGGGCGAGAAAACCAUCGUCAUAGACGUGGGCUCUGGCUUCCUGAAGGCCGGCUGGAGCAGCCACAACGAGCCGCAGAUCAUCCACCCGACCAUCGUGAGCUACAAGUCGGGCCAGGGCCCCGGCCCCAGUGGGGCCCUGACUCAGCUGCACCUUGGCAUCAACGAGGAGAGCCCCGACUACUUCAGCCACCCCGUGCAGCGCGGCCGCAUCCAGAACUGGGAGGCCAUGGAGCUCUUCUGGACGAGAGUCCUGGAGAAGCUCAACUGGAGCAGGGAGGACACCCGCGUCCUGCUCGCAGAGUCCGUCUGGAGGAGCUUGCAAGAGCGACAGAAGACCAUGGAGAUCAUGUUCGAGCGGCUGGGGGUCCGGUCCAUCAUGCUGGUCGACGAGCUGCAGCUGUCCCUGUUCUCCCAGUGCCUCCUGAACGGCGUGGUGAUAGACUGCGGCUUUGGCCUCACCCGGGUGCAGAGCUUUAUCCAGGGCCUCCCUGUGAGGCAGAGCAGGCAGGUGGUGUCGUGGGGGGACUGGGACAUGGCCUCCUACCUGCUCCGGGAGCUGUUCUCGGAGGGCUGCAUCGAGAGCAACGCGGCCAAGCUGGAGAAGGUCUCCAUCAUCCAGAGGCAGGCGUGCUACGUGCCGAAGAACAUCCAGCAGCUAGCGGCCACCAGUGAGGACCCCCACGGGAACAGCACCUUCCAGCUGCCCGACGGCUCCUUAGUGACGCUGGGCCCCUUGCACAGGAUGGCGCCAGAGAUGUACUUCAGCCCCGGGUUCUACAGCCUGCCAAUCCCCAGCCUCCCCAGGGCUGUCCUGGACUCUGUUCAGUCCUGCCGGGAAGACCUGCAGGUGCAGCUGGCCUCCCACAUGCUGGUCUGCGGGGGCGCCUCCCUCUACCGGGGCUUCACUGAGCGCCUGAAUGAGAUGCUGGUCCUUAACCACUUCUCCAAGAUCUACCGUGCCGUGGGCCUGCGGGCCAGUUCCUACAGGAACUUUAGCGUCUGGCUGGGGGGGUCUGUGUUGGCUCAUCUGUCCACUUACGGGUACAUGUGGAUCAGCAAACCGAACUACGAGGAAGGACUGUGA